UAUUAUACAUACUAUAGUAAUAUAUUUAGAUUUUAAAUAUAUUUAAUUAAUAUAUUAAUAUUAUUUAUCGUAUAUUUGAUAUUAAAUUUUGCACAAUUAAAUAUUAUAAAUCAUAAAGUUACAGAUGAAUUAAAAAUAUGUCUAUAAUCACGUCUGACUAGAGGUCGUGACUGAAUCUAAAGAAAUAAAAUCCCGUUCAACAGUGGAAAGAUUAAAGUGAGGUGAUCGUGAAAAAAGUAGUUGACAAAAUUAUAUUAUAUUGUGCUGGUGGAAACGAAUGUAUGAUCGAUUUUACAAAGAAUCGUUCAUACUUAAAUCUCAAAGUAUAUUAUAUAUUGUAAAGAUAAUUAACGAUACGUGUAGCUGUAUAAUUGUGAAUUAGUGAAAUUGAUAGAUCAUCCAGAAGUGCACAAUGAGCUUCCUAUUUGGAAGCAGAUCUUCAAAAACCUUCAAGCCAAAGAAAAAUAUUCCAGAAGGAACUCAUCAAUAUGAUUUGAUGAAGCAUGCAGCAGCCACUUUAGGCUCUGGCAAUUUAAGACUUGCAGUUAUGCUUCCAGAAGGUGAAGAUUUGAAUGAAUGGGUUGCAGUAAAUACUGUUGAUUUUUUCAACCAAAUCAAUAUGUUAUAUGGCACUAUCACAGAAUUCUGUACUGAAGAAAGUUGUCCCAUCAUGUCUGCAGGACCAAAAUAUGAAUACCAUUGGGCUGAUGGGCAUACUGUCAAAAAACCAAUAAAAUGUUCUGCACCAAAAUAUAUUGAUUAUUUAAUGACUUGGGUACAGGAUCAAUUAGAUGAUGAAACCUUAUUUCCUUCAAAAAUUGGUGUUCCUUUCCCAAAAAACUUUUUGUCUAUUGCUAAAACAAUAUUGAAAAGACUAUUCAGAGUAUAUGCUCAUAUUUAUCAUCAACAUUUUAGUGAAGUUGUUCAACUUGGCGAAGAGGCACAUUUAAAUACAUCAUUCAAACAUUUUAUAUUUUUUGUUCAAGAAUUUAAUUUGAUAGAAAGAAGAGAAUUGGCACCAUUGCAAGAAUUAAUAGAGAAGUUAACAGCAAAGGAUGCUCGAUGAAUGAUCUUGAUAGUUAACUGAAAACUCCAAAGAAUCUCAUUGUGCUAUCUUUUUAACGUGUAAUUGUGCAUGUUAUUUAAAUAAUCCAAUUUAUUGCUAAUGCAAUCAUUGUCUCAGCUAGAAGUCAUUGGUCUUAUAUAAUAUAAAAUAUUUUAUUCAUUUACAAAAAAUAAGUAACUAAUUCAAAUAUUUUAUAAAGUAAAUGAUUCAGGUAUUUUGUAACAAAGAUAAUUUUUGGUAAAGAAAAAAAAUUUCGAUCUUUUAAAAGAUUAAUAAAAUUAAGAAUUAAGGAGGUAAGGAUUCUAACAUACAUUUUUAAAAAAUAAUUACAUCUACACAUUUGAAACAAAUUAUAAUUUGUUUUGUUUCUUAUAUUUCAAAGAAAGGAAAAAUAUUAUUUCUUAAAAAUAUUUGGUUGUUAGUUGUAAUAUUAAUGUAUAACAAAUUUUGAGAAAAAAAGUAUGACAUACAAAAGAAAUUAAUAUUCAUAUAUAUAUUGGCUAUAUAAAAAGGAUUAUAGCUUUAAAAAAAUAUUUGAACACGAUUUUAUUUUCAUUGUUUGUUAUUAUUUUUCGAACUAUUAUAUAGUUUUAUUAUAAAAGUUUGAGAAAUAUUAUCAUUUUUAUAAAUAAAAAUAAUGAUACUGACUAUAUGUAACAUUUGCAAAUAAGAAUUCUCUCGAUAGCA